UGGUCACCCGGCAGAGAAUUAACUUACAUGUUUUUCUACUGAUACAAAGUGUAAGAAUCUGAGCUUGUUUUGGAACCCUUUAGUGAUGAUUACAUUAUAUUUUCCAAAACAAGUAGUGAUUUUUGGCCUCUUCAUCCUGAAUGUCAGGGCACUGGACACUUUUAUUGCUGCAGUAUAUGAGCAUGCUGUCAUAUUGCCGAACAGAACAGAAAAGCCUGUUUCGCACGAAGAAGCUUUGCUCCUGAUGAACAAGAACAUAGAUGUUUUGGAAAAAGCGGUCAAGCUAGCAGCCCAGCAGGGUGCACAUAUCAUUGUGACCCCAGAAGAUGGAAUCUAUGGCUGGGUCUUCACCAGAGAGUCCAUUUAUCCCUAUCUGGAAGAUAUACCAGCCCCGGAAGUGAACUGGAUUCCCUGUAGAAACCCCAAGAGAUUUGGCAACACCCCAGUGCAAGAGCGACUCAGCUGCCUGGCUAAGGACAACUCCAUCUACGUUGUGGCAAAUAUAGGGGACAAGAAGCCGUGCAAUGCCAGUGACCCUCAGUGCCCCCCCGACGGCCGUUACCAGUACAACACUAACGUGGUGUUUGAUGCUGAGGGGAGGCUGGUGGCCCGCUACCAUAAGUACAAUCUUUUUGCACCAGAAAUUCAGUUUGAUUUCCCCAAGGACUCAGAACUUGUGACUUUUGACACUCCCUUUGGGAAGUUUGGUGUCUUUACUUGCUUUGACAUUUUUUCUCACAACCCGGCUGUGGCGCUGGUGGACGAGCUUCAGGUCGACAGUGUUCUCUACCCCACGGCAUGGUACAACACGCUGCCCCUGCUCUCGGCUGCCCCCUUCCACUCAGCGUGGGCCAGGGCCAUGCGAGUCAACCUGCUUGCCGCAAAUACGCACAACACCAGCAUGCACAUGACAGGGAGUGGGAUCUAUGCCCCGGAAGAAGUCAAGGUGUAUCACUACGACAUGGAGACCAGCAGUGGCCAGCUGAUGCUUGCAGAGUUGAAGUCCCGGCCUCCCCUGGAGCCCACCUUCCCUCCAGCUGUGGACUGGAGCGCUUAUGCCAGAAGUGUCAAGCCGUUCACCUCUGGGCAGUCACACUUUCCAGGGAUGAUUUAUUUUGAUGAGUUCACCUUCACUGAACUUAAGGGAGACGCAGGAAAUUACACAGUGUGCCACAAAGAUCUGUGUUGUCAUAUAACGUACAAGAUGUCUGAGAAGCGAGGAGAUGAGGUCUUUGCCCUGGGUGCUUUUGACGGGCUGCACACAGUCGAAGGCCAAUAUUACCUACAGAUAUGCACCCUCCUGAAAUGCCAGACCACUGACCUGAGGAGCUGCGGGGAGCCCGUGGGCUCAGCUUUCACCAAGUUUGAAGAAUUCUCCCUCAGCGGCACAUUUGGAACAAGUUAUGUCUUCCCACAGAUCGUCCUGAGCGGGAGUCAGCUGGCCCCCGAGAGGCACUAUGAGGUUUCAAGGGACGGACGCCUAAGGAGCCGGAGUGGAGCCCCUUUGCCUGUCUUAGUUAUGGCGCUGUAUGGAAGAGUGUUUGAGAAGGACCCUCCACGCCUGGGGCAGGGACCUAGGAAAUUGCAAUGAUGCCCAGCACCAGAGCCUUUCCAGGUUAGCCUGGCAAAGCAGGGGGUGGGGGUGCUGGAGAGAGAGAGACAGAGACAGAGACAGACAGAGGCAGAGAGGGAGGAGGGCCUUUAGUGUUUGCCUGGAAGAGAGGCCAGAAACUUACUGUAACAACAAAUCAACUUCAAAUUUAAAAAGCAAGGAGUGUUCUAUGGUUUGAAUAUGAUUUAUCUUGUCUUGCAAAACCCUGCACCUCCUUGGGACUCUGCCAGGAAUUGUCAGAUGUGAACCAUGGGCCUUGGACUAGAACCAUGAGCCCAAAAACCCCAAAUGAACCUUCCUUUUUUCUUUAUAGUUUACCCAGCCUGUAUUAUUACUUUAUUAGUAAAGAUGGAAAAGGAUCUGAGGAUGGGGUGAGACCAGAGGGCAGAGAGGGGAAGGAGAAAUAAAAAUGAUCAAGGUCCAGUAUGUCUAUGUACCAGUUCCUUAGGAUGAAUGUAAUUAUUAUGCAUUGGAAACAUAUAAUAAAGAUUUUUUAAAAAUUAAAAAACGAAAUAAAAAAGACAGGAUUUGUGGAUAUUUGGUGUAGCUCAUUUACAGGUGCUGCAUUGACCUCCCAUGUAUGUGCGUAGUGUGUGUAAGUGUGGAUAUGUAUAGUGGAACAUAUAUAGAAAUGUGUGGCGAACCUGGAAAGACCCACUGCAGUAACUGCCCCCAUGUAUGCAAAUGUCACCCCCACCAGGUGAUGGUUAAUCUGCGUAUCAGUUUGACUGGCCGUGGGUGUCCAGCUGGGUGAGGGUUAUUUCUGCAUGUGUCUGUAAGGGCUUCAGAACUGGGGAAUGGAAUGAUGCCUCCCUGAUAUGGGCGGGCAUCAUUCAGUCCCCCAAAGGCCUGAAUAGCAGAAAAAGGUAGAGGAAGGUUGUGUUCAUUUCUUUCCUGUUUGAGCUGGGACCUGGUUCUUCUCCUGCUUUUGGAUGCUUGGGCUGUCAGGUGUGGAUGGGAACUGUCACCGUGAGCUCACCUGUCAGCCCUUCACACUGCACCCUGGCUGUCUUGUGGCUCCAGCUUGCAGGUGCAGUGCAGAGCACAGGACGCCUCAGCCUCCUUAGCUGGAGACUCCAGACCUUAUAAUAAAUGUGUUACAGGGCCAGGAUUUGGCUCAGUGCUUUGGCCACCUGCCUUGCAAGCGCAGGGUCCGGAGUUUGAUUGCCGGUACCAAACAAAACAAAACAACCCCAAAACAAAACAAAAAAAAAUGUGUUACAUCAAUGUGUGUCCCGUCAGUUCUGUUGCUCUGGUGAAUCCUGACUGGUGCACAUUGUUUUUGGAUACACAGGCUGAACUUUGAAUAUCCAGAGGGUAUUUGACUGCAGUCGAGUGAUAUAGACAUUUGUGGACAGAGGCAUCUUUUCAAGUAAUUAUGAACGACUUUGUAGCUAAUUUAAAUUGUUCCAUUAUCUAUUUAUUGUAAUCUACUUGACUUGUAGGGUCAAUUAGUAUGGAAAUUAGAUUCUCAGAAUGGAAAUAAUAAAGAAAUAAAAAACUUUCUUGAGAUCA